GCCGCUGCCCGGGCCCGGGCGCUCCGGAGGGACGCAGGGGGCGGCGGGGCCGGGCCGUUCCUGCUCCGGCCGAGCCCCCCAUCCUGCCCGUGCCGCAGUGACGGUCCCGCGGAGCCGCCUCUGCUCGUCCCGCUCCCCUGUCGUUCCGUGCCGGCCCCGGCAGUGCCCGUGGGCGGCCGGCCCGCGCUCGGCGGCCCCAGAGCCCCGUCCCGGGAGGGCAGCGGGACCGAGCGCUGCGGGACCGAGCGCUGCGGCUGCGGCCACGGCCAGCCCGGGCUCUCGGCUGCCGAAGCGAUUGCUUAGCAGAAGUUUUAGGAAAGAUGUGAGAAGACUCUUCUUACUCGCUUCUUACACGAACAGCGAAAUUGCUUACAGCACAUGCAUGUUUAAACUUUUUCUCUCUUUACAUCAGCUUGCCUCGCAGAGUUCUGAGAUCCUUUCAGUGUCUGCGUCUGUGUGUAAUAGCUGAAUGAGACUAUAACAGAUCUUGAAAACUUUGCCAGGUCCCUAAAAGAGAAAACUACAUGACACUACACCAUGACUGACAGUAAAUGUGAUAGUCAAUUUUACAGUGUUCAAGUUGCAGAUUCAACAUUCACUGUGCUAAAACGUUACCAGCAACUGAAGCCCAUAGGAUCAGGGGCACAGGGCAUUGUUUGUGCUGCAUUUGAUACAGUGCUUGGAAUCAAUGUUGCUGUGAAGAAGCUGAGUCGUCCUUUUCAGAACCAAACCCACGCCAAGAGGGCCUACAGAGAGCUCGUUCUUUUAAAGUGCGUCAAUCACAAAAAUAUUAUUAGUUUAUUAAAUGUAUUUACACCACAGAAGUCACUAGAAGAAUUUCAGGAUGUAUAUUUGGUUAUGGAGCUGAUGGAUGCAAAUUUGUGCCAGGUUAUUCAUAUGGAAUUGGAUCAUGAAAGAAUGUCUUAUCUUCUUUACCAAAUGCUAUGUGGGAUCAAGCAUCUCCACUCAGCUGGUAUCAUCCACAGAGAUUUGAAACCCAGCAACAUAGUAGUAAAAUCAGAUUGCACACUAAAAAUCCUUGAUUUUGGACUGGCAAGAACAGCAUGUACUAACUUCAUGAUGACUCCAUAUGUGGUAACACGGUAUUACAGAGCUCCAGAGGUUAUCCUGGGAAUGGGAUACAAAGAGAAUGUUGAUAUCUGGUCAGUUGGGUGCAUCAUGGGAGAAUUGGUGAAAGGUUGUGUGAUAUUCCAAGGCACUGAUCAUAUUGAUCAAUGGAAUAAAGUUAUUGAACAAUUAGGAACACCAUCAGCAGACUUCAUGAAGAAACUGCAGCCUACAGUGAGGAAUUAUGUAGAAAACAGGCCAAAAUAUCCUGGUAUUAAGUUUGAGGAGCUCUUCCCAGACUGGAUAUUUCCAUCAGAAUCUGAUCGCGACAAGUUAAAAACCAGCCAAGCUAGAGAUUUAUUGUCAAAAAUGCUUGUAGUAGAUCCAGACAAGAGAAUUUCUGUAGAUGAAGCCUUACGUCAUCCUUAUAUUACUGUCUGGUAUGAUCCAGCUGAAGCAGAAGCUCCUCCACCUCAAAUCUAUGAUGCACAAUUGGAAGAAAGAGAACAUGCAAUUGAGGAAUGGAAAGAAUUAAUAUACAAAGAAGUUAUGGAUUGGGAAGAAAGGAGCAAGAAUGGUGUGGUAAAAGAUCAGCCCUCAGAUGCAGCAGUGAAUAGCAACACCAGUCCUUCCCAGUCAUCAUCUAUCAAUGACAUUUCAUCCAUGUCAACAGAGCAGACAUUGGCCUCAGACACAGACAGCAGCCUGGAUGCCUUGACAGGACCCCUCGAAGGAUGUCGAUGAUCAGCUGUGAUUGCAGACCUGACUUUGGAAAAGAACUCUAAUUUCCAUUGGGCCUGAAUUGCUUGUAAGUUAAUGGAACCAAGUAGAAAAACUCCAUGUUCUGCAUGUUCUGCUAAAGUAAUGCCUGUUGUUUUUUUUACUCAGUUGUUAUGAAAUUGCCUGCUUAAUGUUGUAGAAUGGAAGCAAAUCCAUGUCUAAAGAGCAAAAAAAAAAAUUUAGACACUAUUACAGGCUUUUCUUUGUUUCAGCCUAUUUCAGGUGAGCAGUUAUAAUAGACUUUUAGCCAAUAACUCCUCUUAAGUGGCUUCAUCAAUCUCCAGUCCCAGCUGGCAGGCUUCUGUGACACAGUGGUUGUUUACAUUUAGUACAGUAUUGUUCAUCAGUGGGUUUUUGAAUGUAUAGUCCCUAUGAAGUUUGUUUUACUGUGUGACUGUGGCAGUUUGCUUUAUUUAAUGACCAGAGUGUUGUGUGUAAGUGUGAGCUCACAUGUGGAAUGCUCUCAGUGCUGUGUUUAAAGGACAGUUUUUCUUCCACAUAGCACUUUUUUUUUUCUUUUAAUCAAACCCUUUCUAUCUUCACUUUUCAGUAAUUUUCUCUUCUUGUAGAAGAGAUAGACGUGAAGUUUAGAGCAUAAAGCCAUUACUUUGUAUUUCACCUGAGUGUCUUUUUCAGUCUUUUAAAUGUGGACAGAAGACACAGUGGCUUAAAUAAAUCUUGAGGAAGGAUGAGUGACUUUUCUGUGAAGCAGUGCCUGUUUAGAAGAGGAGAGUGUGCUAAAAUGUUCUGUAUUUUCUAGCUUGUGAUACUCAUCCUUUAACAAAGAUAAACAGAAAAAGAAGUUUUAUCUGUGAUGCUCUUCAUUCACUGCAAGCUCUGAUAAAAGGAGAGAUGACUUGGAGAUACUUGCAGCCUCAAAAAGCUGCAUAAAUAUUUUCCAUUUUUUUAAUAGGUCCAUUCUAUCUAGUGAGUAAUUAAAGAAAUAAAAGUACAGUAGUUCUGAGUCACUUGUAAAUUAAGCAUUUAGGUAACAGAGCUUAGCUCUAUUCUCACCUUAGCAAAGUCUAUUUGUAGUGAGAAGAAAGACAUGUUUAAUACAAAUUUUCUAAAUGCAGUGUCGGACAAGAGGAGGAGGUUAUUUGCUGUUUCCAUACAGAUUUAUCAAUACAGUUUUCAGAAUCAGAUAAUGCAAAAUUGCCUGUUACAUUGCACAAUCUGUUGAAUUAGAAAAUGCAUUUGCAGUAGGGUAGGGUUUAAAUUGCUUUGUUACACACACUUGUGACUUUGUGCACGUUCACUUUGGGGUGCACAGGUGUGAAAUUUGCUGAAGGAUCUCGUGUGCAUGUGUGUGACUGAACUAUAGAACUGAAAGUGUAAUAGACAUGGACAAGUUGAGGUAAAACACCACUUUCAUAAAGGCACUAUAUUUAGCUGUUGAUCAGAUACUCUUGCCUUGAAUAUAUAAAUAGAACCUGUAAAAUACACUGGCCCAGAGAGGCACUGCAUUACUGAUAUACUUCUCAUGUAAAACACAAUUGUCCAUUGUUCCAGGCCUUAUGACUCGAAAAGCAGCACUUUCUCCUUAUGCAAACGUUGCUUUUAUAUUAAAACUUUGCCCCUUUUUAAUAGCUUAAUUUACUGUAGUAAAAAUACCAAUAUUUUAGUGUCCCAGAAGAUUAAAAAAAUUAACAAGGUAGUUAAUGUUAACUUCAGAAUUGUAUUCUGGCAUAUCUGAUUUUUAAAAUUCUCUUAAAUUGAAUUGCGAGAUAUUUGGGGCUUGUGUUUUUUCUUAUUGUUUGGUUUUCAACCUAUGGAUAACUUACUUUUAUCUUUGGAUACUGACAGUAUAUGUGAAAUAUUUUUAGUGCAUUCUUGUCACUGGAAAAACAUUUAAAAAUACCUAUUUAUCAUAUAGCAGAACAAUACACUUUGCUGUUGUUUUGCUUUUUUUAGUCCAUGUUAUUUGUGUAAGUUAAAAUAGCUGAAGACACCUAUUCACAAUGAACAAUUAGUGAUUCAUCUGCUAAAUUUCAUUUUUCAAGACUUAAAUUUUUCAGCUGAAGUUGCACUGUGCUAUGUUCAUUUUAACAGUUUCUACUUUAGAAGACUUAAAGAUUUAUUUCUUUUUCCCCAUGUGAUUUGGAUACUCACAGAGUUGAAUUUUUCCUGUUGGGCUUGGGCUGCUCAGCAUAACAGAGGGUUGGACCAGAUGACUUCCAGCUCUAUUCCAACCUAUUCUGUGAUUCAAAUCGUCUUUAAAUGUUUUUAACGAUACUGUUCUGUCUUCAUGACUUGUACUGCUAUCUGUCCUUCUCCUAGUACAUACUGUUAGCUUGAAAAUAUACUUUUGGAACAAGAAAAGAAGCCCCAACCUUGAGAUCAAAUGAGUUUAUUUGUAAAUCUUGUAGGAAAAGCUGUCUCAUACCUAAAUUUUUUUUACGUCCUCUUGCUGUGGCAUACAUUGAAGCUUAAUUACAGAAUGCCUUCAGAGCAUGCAUGAAACGUCUGUGAAUAUUGUGGAUUUUGACUCCAGUUUAAUCCAAAACCAUAGUGCAAAUGCACGUGGAUCUCCAGAGGACACCAAUGCAGACAAUCCCCAGCAAAGCCAGGCAGGGCAUGCUGCAGUUCCCAGGCUGUCCCAGUGUGCUCGUGUGCACUGCAUGCAGCUCCUCCCCUGUCACUGCUCCUGACUGCAGGGGACAUUCAGAGCCAGGGUGGUGACAUGGUGGUCAAUGCCACGAGAACCUCCUCACUGAUGGAGAACAAAAUCAGUGUAACUUGACAGGGGUUUAAAAAUUAGGAGAGUUUGGUGUGCAAUAUAAUCACUUUUAUUCCUAAUACUAAAAUUAUGUAUGUAAAGUGAUGCAAUUGACUGUGUUUUUGCACUUUGGCAUUUAUAAAUAUUUAUAUGUAUUUAAAAAUUAAGGAUAUGUGUGUGUAUACAUAUAUAUUAAGAAAACAGCUCAGUUUUGUAAACAUGAAUGUUACUUUCCUUUGGGAGACUUUGUAUAGUGUUAACACUACUGCAGCAUACAUAAACAAUUUAUGAACUAUGACUCAAAUAAAUGGUAGUCAACAUAGAUACAAUCUGUAAUCUUAACUGCUCACCUGAAAAAGAAAGGGAUCUUUGGCUGUCAAUAGAUACUUUACCAGAACCUUGUUAAACGUUUGAACACUGAGUAGCUGAAUGGCAUUGCAGAAAUGGAGUAUGUUUUAAACAGAUCAUUUCAUCUGUGCUCAUAUCAUUUUUCCUCAAAAAAGCCUUUAGAAAGAGAAGCUUGGCAUUUUGCAAUCUGGGUAAGCAGCCUGUACUUUGAGGAAAUCCUGUGAUAUGACAAGUCUAGGUCUUUAUGGAAAAAGACAAGAAAUGAAUGUCAAAAUUAAGGCUUUGUCUGCAUGGAUCAUACAAACUAAACUAGUCUUAGGACUGGAAACUACAGUUUGCAAACAACCUUUGAAGUUUUGUAAUGCUUCCAGCAAGGGCUUGCAUUUUCUUGUCAAAAUAAUGAAAAACUCAACCUUGACUAGAAAUUAACUAGUUGGUUGGAGAGUUUCAAAAGCUGUUAGGAACCAGAGGGCUCUUGAAAGAGGUUUUGUCUUUUUUUACAUCCUAACAGAGCAUAUGUGUUUAUUCCAAAUUAAUUAAAAGAAAAAAAUUUAUUCCGUAUGUUUAAUUUUUCUUUCUUAAAGGAAGGACCUUAAAUGCUAAAUCACUUUGCUUAAAAUUAUAAUUUUAUGAAUGAAGUAGGAUUUAGCUAUUCCAAACACAGCUGACAUGGAGUCUCCAAGGACAGGGUUGGGUGAGCCUUGUGUUGUCACAAAGGCCACCCUCCAGUUGGGAGUGAGCUGGGAGGUCACAGCUCCAGGUGCAGACAGACAGACAGACAGACAGACCUUUGUGGUCCUUGGGGAGCGUGGGUUCAGCCUUGCAGCAGCACAGAGAGUUUGGAGUAAGUGCUGAACUGCAUUUGUCUGCAUGUUCUACAUGUGUCACAUGGAUUCUAGCAGGGCUUGAUGCUAAACCUAGUGAGACCAUAUUCUGGGAAGCAGAUUCUUUCCUGGGAUGUGUGUUGUGUCAUUCCUGCUCAAAACUGGUUUUGAUCCAGGGACACCUGCAUCCAGAUGCAGAAUUUGGACUUGAGUUCUAUAAUGAAUAUAGUAAUGUCUUUGCUUUUCCAGAGUGUCUUGAAUUAUUUUUUUUAACAUGUUGAAAUAUGAUAAAAAAGUGUAUUCUGCUUCAUUAUUUUACAUAUUUUAUUGUCUUUUACAUGAGUGGUGUUCUAAAAGCUUUUUACACAAGUUGUCGAAUCAGUUGUGGUUUUUGCCCACUCUGCAUGCUAAAAUAAUGUUUUAAGUAAACCAUCUUUUCUCAUGUUAGCUUUGGAGGAAAUUGGAGAGAUAACCAUUCUUUUUUUGUUUGUGUUUUAUAAAAUGAUUAUUUUUGCAGCUAAAAUUUCAGUUGUUGGAUUUCAAUCCCACAGUGUUGCUUUGUGGAUAUAAAUUUCCUGGGUCCUCUAUUUCAAAUGUGUAUAAGGUGUCCAGUAUAAAAUUAAACUAAUAAAAUGUACUCUUCUGCAAUUUGUUAUUGAAAACAUGGCAAAUCAUUUUGGUCCAAGAAUUCAAUACAAAAUAGAGAAAAUACAUUUAACUAUUUAAGUUUAUUCAGUGAUGCUGCUGCUUAUUUUUUUAAAAGGUGCUUGCAGUUUUGCACAAAAGAAAUCAACUUUAUUAAUUGCUGGGUUUGAAGCACUUUAGGAUUCUUCUAAAUACAACCAUAUAUGGUGUGAAAAGGAAUGACAUAACAUGCUUAAUGUGUUCAAACUUUGGUUGUAGCCUUUGCUAUUCUGACAGAUUUGAUCACCAUGUUUCUUUAAACCUGUUUUCAGAGAUUAGAAAUCAGAAACCUUUUGGGGGCUGAAAUUUAACGCAUGGUAAGAGAUCAUUUGAGAAAUACCUUCUGAGUGGGUGACUUGAUUGGCAGUGUGACUACCUGGCCAUCUAUUAAAUAAAGACACAGCAAUGUCUGUUCCUGCAGCAAGGGCAGCUUGCUGUGAGCACUGGGAUUCUUUAAAAAAAAAAAAUCUUUUCUUAACUCUUGGCUAUGCAUCAUGAAGUUGUGUGUGCUGUGCUGAGGCCAGGCCAGCUUUGUGGGACUCCUCUGCAGCAGAUCUCUGUCCCUGCUAAGCAGUGCUCCAGACACCAAAGCCCUGGGACGUGUGGGGUGUGCUUGAGCCUGUCCUGUGUUUCUUCCCCUGGUGGGCAGUGGCUCAGCACUCCUCAUGCUCCUUAGGAUAAUAACAAAAGCAGGGGAGGAAGGAGUCAGGUGCAAAGAGCAUUUGGUGCUGGCUGCCUGAAGCAGAGAUCGUGUUUGUUGCUGAUCACAGAGUCCUUAUACCCCUGAGCAUGUGCUGUUGUCUUGUCUUCUAACAGGGAAAACCUUUUUUUUGAAAACCCAAGUGUGUCACGUUUUCUAUGAAUUCAGAUGCUUAAAUUGGUGCUAAUUUUUUAAAAGAAAAUGUAACAGAUGGUUAGCACUGUAUUUGUCUGUUUUUGAUACCUAUAUUUUCUUAACUGGUAGCAAGCCAAACUUUAUUAAAUGACUAAUGUGCAUUUUCAGCUCCAUCAGAUUCCCAGAUUUUCCUAAAGAAAAAUGUUUAAACUUCCAUGGUAGCUACUGCUUCUUUGGAGCCAUUGCUUUCAGGUGUUUUAUACACUAAUCAAAUGAACACAAUUAGAACAGACAGCAAUACCUAACUAUCCCUUUCUUAAAUCACAACGUGGUUCCCCAGGUGGUUUUAGCAGUUUAAAGAUACCUAAUUAAAAGCAAAUUAGAAAUACCUGUGUGCAGUUAACUCAGUACAUUGAAGCCUUACCUGGUUGUUAAGAUAAUUUAUAAAGAUUAUACAAAUCUUCAUCUAUUUUAAAGAGGGAAUAACAAGAAGAAAUAAUUAACUGUUUCAUACAAAUUAAAUGUAAAUUCCAGAAAAUAUAUUAUUUAAUGUAUUACAGAACACAGGCUGUUAAAGAGUGUAAUAGGCUCAUUAAGUUAUUAGUUAUGAAAUUCAGUUUUAUCCAAUGACUCAAAACAACCCCCCUCCAAAAUGUAGUUCUUUGAGAAUUUCUUUUGAAUGCCUUCAAGUUUAACUCCCCUCAGAAUCAGCUCUUUGUUUGGUGUCCUUUUACCCACCUUCUGUUUACCAAAUGUCACCAAAAGUAGCAUCAAGCCCUAUCAUUGUUACAGUGUUCUGGUUUUAUGGCCUUAACAUUAGUUCUAGUCUGGUAUAUAAUUUCAGAAGAAAGGUGUGCUUUGAAGUCAAACUAUCGAUACAUGUGGCCUCUUCUGCCUAUGGAAUUAGGCUUUGAUUGUCAUAUCUCAUUCUCAGUGCUUGUGCAAUAGGAACAUAUUCCUCUCAAUGCAGUGGCUAUUUUGUCUGAUGCUGGACUUUGGUUUCAGGAUGACUAGAAAGUUUUUUUGGAUUUGUUUGUUUUGGCUUUUUUUUUUUUUAUGGACAGCAGUCAUGCUUCAUUGGUUUUUUGGACUGUUACUCUUUAGGAAACUAGAAUUUCAUAAGGAAAACUGUCAAUAACUAGUUCUGUAGUUCUAGUUAAAGCCUGGUUCUGAAGCUUUUUGGUUGUUUGUUUUUUUUCUUUCCAAAAAUGUUAUUGUAAAACAGUACUAAAGCCACUGUAAAAUUAUAAAUAAAUAUGUAUACAUAAAAGA